AUGAUUCAAUUAGAUUCAGAUCGAAUAUAAAAAUGUAUUUCAUCUCGCUUACAGACGUUAGUCUUGUGUUGCAGUUACCCGUAGACGGACUUGAAAAUCAUAUCUAAGAUGUCUGGAAAAACUUUCGUCAUUAUUUGCUCUCUGCUUUUCGUGCAAUUGGCUUUUGCCAGAGAUGUUCCCGCAGCACAGGAAGCCGAAUUACCGUCUUUGGCUGAUUUACUUGCCAAGUCGGGUGAUUUGUUGAAGGAGGUCCAAGGUAAGGUAUUCGAAGCUGUUGGCGUACAGAACCAAGAUCAAUUUAACCAAUUCGUUGCUACUGAAACUAAGGCUUACGCCACCAAGUUGGAUGCCUUUGCCAAAGAUUUGAAGAAGACUGCUGAUGAAAACAUUGAGAAGAUCGGAGAAAGUGAUGCUGUCAAGCAAUUGCGUUCCCGUGUCGAUGAAGCUAUCAACAACCUCAAGAAGGAAAACCCAGAAGCUGCCAACAAUGUUGAUCAACUCACCAAGACUACCAAGAGUUUAAUCGAAGGAAUUAGCAACCUUGGAGACAGUGAAUCUGCCAAGGAAAUUAAGGAUAUUGGUAACCAAAUUUUGCAAACCACCGUUGAUGCAUUGAAAGAUGUCAACAACAAGAUUCAGGAAUCCACCAAGCACUAAUCAUUUUUGAACUCAAUAUAAUAAAAAAAUGUACACGUCA